AUUGCUUUCAAUCUUUUUCAGCUCCCCAGCUGAAAAUAUCUGAUGACAGGCUCUCAGUGACAGGAGAAAAAGGUUACUGUAUGGUUCGUGCCACUCAUGGUGUGAAGAGAGGUACUUGGUAUUUUGAAUGUACAAUUGAAGAUAUGACAGAAGGAUCUGCAACAAGGCUUGGAUGGUCUCAGGCUUUAGGUAAUUUACAGGCUCCUCUCGGAUAUGAUCAUUUUAGUUAUUCAUGGCGUUCGAAAAAAGGAACAAAAUUCCACCAGAGCCGGGGGUACCACUACACUAAUGGAGGCUAUGGCCAAGGAGAUACCUUAGGUUUUCUAAUACAUCUUCCGGUUAAGAACCCUAAUAUAGUCCCUUUACCGCCUACUCACAAAGAAAAGCCAUUGGUUAAAUUCAAGAGUUAUCUCUACUACCAGGAAAAAGAUGAUAUUCAAAAAGGAAUCAAGAGUUUGAAACCACUUCCAGGAAGUAUGAUAACUUAUUAUAAAAAUGGACAAAACAUGGGUGUUGCAUGGAAUGACAUAAAUGAAGGAACAUACUAUCCAGCAGUUUCUCUCUACAAAAGCUGUACAGUUAGUAUCAACUUUGGACCAAAUUUUAAAUAUCCACCUAAAGAUAUGAAAUACCAAGGGAUGUAUGAAUCAGGCUUUAAUGCCCCAGUGGAGUAUGCCCUUUCUGAUAUACUUUACCUUGUGGAACACCAAGAUGAACUGCGCUUAGAACAUUUCCUUACGUGAUCUUUUAUUUGUUGUGAAUAAAUUUCAUAAUUUUUAGACACUUCAUACUACUUUAAGAAUAUUCUAUUUGUAUGUUUUUCUAUACUUCUUGACAUCUUAGUUAACAAUACAACCUUAGAUGUAUCAAAUACAAAACUUAAAUACUCUGGUUCAUAUAGAUGAUUUUAUCAUUAGAAAUGUUUUAAAGACAAAUA